AUGGAUUGUGAUGGGAAUAAGGCACUAGGACCUGAUGGUUUUAACUUGAUGUGUUAUCAGAAGUUUUGGAAAGUCAUGAAGGGUGAUGUGGUUAAUUUUGUGAAAGAAUUUCAAAACAAUAACUCUGUUAGGAGAGGUGUUGAUGCUCUCAAUUCAAGGACAAUAUCGACAACAUCGUCUUAUUUUUAUGGGAAAUUGAUUGCAAGAGCCGCAAGGUUGGCAUUAAUUGCUGAAGAAGUGUGUUAUGUUGAAGUAAUCCCAGCUAUCCGAAAGUUCUUGAAGGGUACAAUUGAGCCAUGGUUGGGUGGAACUUUUGAUGCGAAUGGUUUCUUGUAUGAUGGAAAGUGGGGUGGGAUUGUGACUAAACAGGGAUCUGUGGAUUCAGGAGCUGAUUUCGGGUUUGGAAUCUACAAUGAUCACCAUUAUCAUCUGGGUUACUUUCUAUAUGCAAUUGCAGUGCUUGCAAAGAUUGAUCCAGUGUGGGGGAGAAGGUAUAGGCCUCAAGCAUACACGCUUAUGGCGGAUUUUAUGACCUUGGGCAGGCAAGCAAAUUCGAAUUAUACUCGUUUGAGGUGCUUUGAUUUGUGGAAAUUGCAUUCUUGGGCUGGAGGACUGACUGAAUUUGCAGAUGGGCGAAAUCAAGAGAGCACAAGUGAGGCUGUGAACGGGUAUUAUUCAGCGGCGUUGAUGGGGUUAGCUUAUGGGGACACCCACCUUGUUGCCAUUGGAUCGACACUCUCUGCAAUGGAGAUUCAUUCGGCUCAAACAUGGUGGCAUGUGAGAGAGCAAGAUACUUUGUAUCCAAAAGAUUUUACAUUGGAGAAUAGAGUGGUGGGAGUUUUGUGGGCUAAUAAGAGGGACAGUGGUCUCUGGUUUGCUCCACCUGACUGGAGGGAAUGCAGGCUCGGAAUUCAGCUACUACCAUUAUCGCCAAUAAGUGAGGUUUUAUUCUCUGACGUUGGUUUUGUGAGAGAGCUUGUGGAAUGGACAUUGCCAGCCUUGGCAAGGGAAGGGGUUGGAGAAGGAUGGAAGGGGUUUGUGUAUGCCUUGGAAGGGAUUUAUGACAAAGAGGGUGCUUUGAAUAAGAUUAGGAACUUGAAUGGGUAUGAUGAUGGGAACUCGCUUACAAAUCUUUUAUGGUGGAUUCACAGUAGAGGUGAUGAAGAAGAGGAAUGUGAUGGGGGAGGGAAGUUCUGCUGGUUUGGUCACUACUGUCAUUAAAAUGAUCAAUUUUGUUGGUUGUCUAGGUUUGUGUGUAUUGAGGGUAGUCUUCAAUAAGAGUUUUGAAGUAUGAUGCUUAUUAGUAUAUCCAAGGUCAAAUCAUUCUUUUUGAGAAUGAAUCUGAUUGGUUCCUUCGCUUAUCUAUCCUGACAGUUAUCUGUAUUUAAAUUUGUCCAAGUUUUUUAAAUUAAGAUGAAUCAUACGGCAUUUCCUUGUGUUUCUGCAUCUGACUUUUCAAAACACAUGUAGUUAGAUAUCUGGUUGUUGUCCUACUAUAGACGUUAUAUUAUUUAUUUGUUCUUUCUUUAUA